CUUUGACGGUCGCGAAGUUUUCGCCGCUGCUCCAUUUACUUCUGGUACAGGUUAGAUCCUUCUACCUACCAGGUAAUAAACCAAUUGCAUUCGCCUUUACUGCCCGGUCUGUUUUUAUUUGACUACGUCGAUUAAACAACCGGUUUAUCGGAAUCCUGUCAGUCUCCAUACGGUGGACCCCGCCGUCUCUCUCCAAUACACCACAUAUGAUGAACCACACGUCUGUGAUUACCAAUUGAGGGCUGGUACUAAUGCGGUUCAGCAGUCUUUUUUAGAUAUCCGAUCUUUGCAUAUUUGCGCAGCCAUCAUGCGUGUUUCAAUCGUUCUGGGUAGCCAGUGGGGUGAUGAAGGAAAGGGAAAGAUUACGGAUAUGCUCGCGCAGCAGGCUACGCUGUGCUGUCGUGCCGCUGGCGGUCACAAUGCGGGCCAUACCAUUGUCAUUGGCGACAAGACCUAUGAUUUUCACAUCCUUCCCUCUGGCUUGAUCUCCCCUUCGUGUAUCAACCUUAUCGGUGCUGGUACCGUCGUCCACGUUCCCAGCUUCUUCAAGGAGUUGGCCUCUCUUGAGGAGAAGGGUCUCGAGGGUGCUAGCAAGCGCAUUUUCAUCUCCGACCGCGCUCAUGUCUGCCUUCAGUUGCACUCCGUUGUAGAUGGUUUGGAGGAGGCCAAGCUGGGUGGUCGCAAGGUUGGCACCACUGGCAAGGGUAUUGGUCCUUGCUACAGUGAUAAGGCUUCUCGCAGGGGUAUCCGUGUGGGAGAAAUCUUGGAUGAGGCGGUUUUCGAACGCAAGUUGCUUUCUCUGGAGGCCGGAUAUCGCGCCCGAUUCGGCGAUCUGGAAUACGACGUCAAGGAGGAGCUCGCGCAAUUCAAGGAAUACCGCAAACUCUUGGGGCCCUACAUUGUCGACCAGUUGGCCUUCCUUCAACAAUACAAGGACUCUCCGAACACCCUGGUCGAGGGUGCUAACGCCCUUAUGCUCGACUUGGACCACGGCACCUACCCCUAUGUUACUUCCUCGUCCACCGGCCUGGGUGGUGCCAUGCAAGCGCUGUCUCUGAACCCCACUAGCAUCAAAUCCGUUAUCGGUGUUGUGAAAGCCUACACGACCCGUGUCGGUUCUGGGCCUUUCCCUAGCGAACAGCUCAAUGAAGAUGGUGACAAGCUGCAGAGUGUCGGCAGGGAGUUCGGUGUCACUACCGGUCGUCGUCGUCGCUGCGGUUGGCUUGACUUGGUCGUCUGCCGCUACUCGCAGGCGAUCAACCACUACACUGCUUUGAACCUGACCAAGCUGGACGUUCUGGACGACUUCGACGAGAUCAAGGUCGGCGUUGCCUACAUCCUGCCCGACGGCACCCGCACCGAGAACACCAUUCCUGCCGACGCCGAGGUCCUUGAGAAGGUGAAGGUUGAAUACGUUACUCUCCCCGGCUGGAAGAGCAACACUAUGGGCGUCAAGAAGUACGAGGAUCUUCCUGCCAAUGCGCGCGCGUACAUCGAGUACAUCGAGCGCGAACUGGGUGGCGUUCCUGUGAAAUGGAUCGGCACCGGCCCCGCUCGCGAUCAUAUGAUUGCCCGCGAGUAGAGCAACUGGAAUUUUGACUACAUCUAGAACGGGUUGAUCCUUGUUUCUUUCUCAGCUUCCUUUCCCAUAAAAUAUCCUGAUGUGUCCUUGAGACGACAUCAUCCUUGUACUUUUGGUUUCCGCGGUCGACCCGAAAAUCUAUAUCUACGAAUGACGAUGUCCGACAGGGGUAGAUGUGGAUUGAUCCAUACAGAUGAAUAGAUGCUUGAUUUUUACCUUUAAUGACAUACUUUCCUGCUGUAUAAAGUUUCUCCUGUUCUGUGCGUAUGGUCUUUUCAAUCCGUGUGUGAUAAUCAUGGUGAGAACCUGAAGUUGGCGGUGACAUGCAAAACUCAAUUAGAUCGUAUUAUACUUUACUUAUGGAGCAGAAUAAAUAAAAAAUAAAUUAAACAUAGAUCCACCAGAAGACAAGAGGAAAAGAAAAA